AUGGUAGAUAGCUUAAUAGGUAGAAUCAAAAUUAAAUUGUACAGCGAAGAAUUGCCGAAAACCUCUGAAAAUUUCAGGCAAUUUUGUACUGGAGAAUUCCGCCAAAAUGGGAGACCUGUGGGGUAUAAGGGCUCUAUAUUCCACAGAGUUAUACCAGGGUUUAUGAUACAAGGCGGAGAUUUUGUGAAAAAUAAUGGAAUGGGAAGUUUCAGUUUAUAUGGAGAAACAUUCCCUGAUGAAGGGUUCCAAUUCGAUCACAAAAAAUAUCUGAUUUCGAUGGCCAACUCUGGUCCAAAUUCCAAUGGGUGCCAAUUUUUCAUUUGCUGUACUGAAGUCCCCCACCUUGACGGAAAACAUGUGGUCUUUGGGGAAGUGGUAGGUGGAUUCAAGGUAGUUGAUUUUAUAGAGAAUGUAAAGGUUGGCAUGGCUGAUGCCCCAGUAGAAAAAGUAGUAAUAUCUAAUUGUGGAGAGUACUAG